UCAAAUACACCAAUCAGGUGCAGAAGUAGUGUGGGCUGCGUAUACUUUACAGACUGAAGGCUUUGGCCGAAGUGAAACUGGAAAAUGAGGUGACGAUUUUACUCCUUUCCAAUUGGGAAUAUUAGAAGCAACUUCCAUUUCAUUCGGACAGCUUCAGUCUGGUGACCUGAUGGAGGGGAGAGUGGAACUGAAGGAGUGAGUAGAAGAGCUUGAGCACAUGUGGAUCCAACUGCAAGGAGAGACGGGCACUGCUGGAAAGAAUGCUCCUCAAAGCCUUGGGGCUGAACACCAGACCAAACCCCAUUGCUCCAGGUCCUGUACCUAAGUCUUUAAGAGACAUUUUUGAGAAGGGGAUAAACAAGGACAACCCCUGCAUGAUGGAAGGUUUUGGGGUACCCGGAAAUAUUGUCCGCUCAUAUCGAGAUCAAGGACCUGUAGCAGCCAUGGAGGAGCCACAAGAAUCACUGUGCUUAAAGAAAUUUCUCUUUUUUGACCUAUCAGCAGUGGAGAAUAAGGAGCAACUGACCCUAGGCCAACUGGAAAUUAAGUUCAAGCACAACUCGUAUUAUGGACAACAGUUCCAUCUGCGCCUCUACCGCACCCUUCAGCUAUCUCUAAAGGGUAUGAGAGAGAGCAAGAUGAACAGGAAGCUUCUAGUGUCACAGUCUUUCCGGCUUCUUCAUAAGUCCCUCUAUUUUAACCUGACCAAGGUGGCAAAGGACUGGAAAACCCCUGAGAAGAAUAUGGGACUGUUAUUGGAGAUAUAUGCUAGCAGUAAACUUGCAGGAGACAACAGAUCAUUUGCAGUGUGUGAACCAAUCCAGUCUUUCAUUUACACUUCUCUGCUCACUGUGUCUCUAGACCCAUCCAGCUGCAAAACUCCGCGAGCCAAGAGAAGUACUCAUUCAUCGCCUCCAACCCCAAGUAAUAUCUGCAAAAAGAGGCGCCUGUACAUUGACUUCAAGGAUGUUGGAUGGCAGAACUGGGUGAUUGCACCCCGUGGUUACAUGGCCAACUACUGCUAUGGAGAGUGCCCCUAUCCACUGACAGAAAUGCUCAGGGGCACAAAUCAUGCUGUUUUGCAGACUCUGGUGCAUUCUGUAGAACCAGAAAGCACCCCUUUGCCUUGCUGUGCCCCCACUAAGCUGUCUCCUAUCUCCAUGCUAUAUUAUGACAACAAUGACAAUGUGGUACUGAGGCACUAUGAAGAUAUGGUAGUAGAUGAAUGUGGUUGCAAGUGAGUUUGGCUAGGACUACUCUUCUCAUUAAACUUAUUGUCUAAGGGACUGCUGGCAACUUAAUCAUGGAGUGAUUCUCCUUGUGUGACAGUGGCUUUGACCAUUAGUGUUCAGCUACAAUUCCCCCCAUGAAGCAAGAUAGGCUUCUGUUAGCUAGAAAUUGUAACAUUCGUACCAGGAAAUGUAUUCCCAUAAAAACAGAGACUAUAUUUUUUGUAAAACCUGUUUCUCCCCAAUAACAUUAAUAUGCACAAAUUUUAUGCAUUGUUUUUAGCUAAAAUUCAGAUUCUUUGGCAUAUGCUAGGCACAGGAAGCAAAACAAAAGUUGCCCUUUAGGUGGAUGGGCCACUUUCAUUUGUGACUUUUAACAGAGCUACAGGAUGAAAUGCUUUGCAAAAUGACUACUGCUCUCAAUUUCUUUAUGUAUGUAUAUAUUGGGCAUAUGGCUAGGUUGGUGCCCAAGAACUGGCCUGCACUUGUUGCUUUGCUCUUGAACUGUUAAGACUAAUGUUUAAAUACAGUUGAUUGUUGUAAAUAAAAUGUGAUUUAACAUUCUUA